GAUGUAAUUAUGUAAAAAAGAAGAGUUUUUUCAUAAAUAUUUUUGCAGCACAAAUUUUGCUCGGCCCAUAUAAAUAAAAGCCCGUUAUGUAAAGAGUAACAAAGCCUAGUAUAAGAAGUUCAAAAAUCACAAAUUCUCAAAACCCCCCAAAAAAAAAGUGGACUUGGUUUUGGGCCCCCAAGUUCACCCUUCGUCUUCUUUUCGCCGUCUUCCGCCAUCGCCGAACACCCACAGAAACACGCAUUCACACAAAGUCGCGCCCAUACAUUGUUCAAACCUACGGCACUACAUUUGUUCGUUUUGAUUUCAUUUUUAGUAUUGAAAAUAUUGAAUUUCUUUUUUUCCUUUCUCGGGGUCGGUUCUCAUUAUCCGAGGUGGGAGCUCAAAUGCAUACGCUGGCCACUUCGAUAAAUGUAUAAAGCGCUUGGCAAGCAACGACUCAUAUAUCGUUCUCGCAUCGCCAGCUACGUGAAAGCCGGCCUCAUCGAUCAGGCAAUCCAAGUGUUCGACGAAAUGUCUCAAUCAGACUGCAGAAUGUUUUCGGUCGACUACAAUAGGUUUCUCGGCGUUUUGAUUAAGAACCAGCGUUUCGGGCUGUCUGAAUACUAUUACGAGUCGUUGAAUUCAAAAGGGUUCUCUUUGAAUUCGUUUACUUACUCAAGAUUCAUUUCCGGGUUGUGUGAACUUAGAAACUUUGAGCUUAUUUCUCGACUUUUUGCGGAUAUGGAUAGUCUAGGGAUCGUGCCUGAUAUUUGGGCUUUUAAUAUUUAUAUGUAUCUCUUGUGUAGUGAGAGUUUAGUGGACGAUGCUUUGAAAAUUUUGGGAUUAAUGGGAGAAAAGGGGCGGGAGCCCGAUGUAGUGAGCUACACGAUUAUGAUUAGCGGAUUCUGUAGGAUUAAACUUUAUGAUGAGGCAAUUGAACUGUGGAAAGUGAUGAUCAAGAAGGGAUUAAACCCGGAUAAUGAGGCAUGCAGGGCACUUGUGCUUGGGUUAUGUGACAGUGGUAAAGUUGAUUUGGCUUAUGAGCUCACCGUAGGGGACAUGAGGGAAAAGGUUAGCUUUAAUGUAGUAAUAUAUAAUGCACUUAUAUGCGGGUUUUGUCGAGUAGGUAGGAUUGAUAAGGCACUAGCAAUUAAGAAUUUUAUGAGGAGAAAUGGUUGUGAGCCUGACUUGGUAACACACAAUGUGUUGUUGAACUAUUGCUGUAAUGCACUAAUGCUGGAGGAGGCACAUAAAUUGAUCGCGAAGAUGGAGAGGAGUGGGAUGGAACCUGAUAUAUAUAGCUAUAACGAACUUCUAAAAGGUCUCUGCAAAGCUAGUAGAGUAGACAAGGCGUAUUUGCUGCUGGUUGACAAGAUGGAGGCGAAAGGGUUUGUGGAUGUUGUAUCCUACAACACAAUUGUUAGUGCUCUUUGCAAAGCUGGUCGCUCGGGUGAGGCGUAUAAGCUCUUGGGGGAGAUGGGUAGGAAAGGAGUUGCUCCAGAUGUGAUUACGUUUACCAUUCUCAUAGAUGCUUUCUUGAAAAAGGGCAACUCCGUUAUAGCCAAGGACCUUCUUGACCAAAUGACAAAGAUGAAUCUAUUUCCAAGUCUUGAAUUGUAUACAACCAUUGUUGACCAUCUAUGUAAGACUGGCAGAAUUAAAGCAGCUCGUGGUAUUUUCCAUGAUAUGGUGGAGCAGGGAAUUCGGCCCGAUGUGGUGUCGUAUAAUGCACUUAUUUGUGGAUGCUGUAGGGCCUUUGAAGUCAGUGAAGCCCUGCAUCUAUUUGAGCAGAUGCAGAGUAGUGGUGUACAUCCAGAUGAAGUGACUUUCAAAUUGAUCAUUAGAGGUCUUAUAAAGGAAAAAAAGCUUCCGUUGGCUUGUGGAAUGUGGGAUCAAAUGAUGGAGAAGGGAUUUACCCUUGAUAGUUAUUCGUCGGAGACUCUGAUAGAUGCCAUCAAUUCAAAAGAAGUAUCCUGAGAAAGAAGUCUUUAUCCGUUUCUUGAUGAAUAGCAAUUGGUACGACCGAAAAACCAGGCCGUUUUGGUCAUUAGGAGUGGCCUAACACUUGCUUAGAUAGUGCCAGAGUUGGAUGCAGCAGGGACAUCUUUUUGCGUCCUUGCCUUAAAUUGAAGCUAAUUUAUGUGGGAUUAGGAGCUCUGCAUUCGAUAGAGAGCAAAAGGUUCAACGUGGUUCAAACUUGCGGAAAGUCAAUACUCGAGGAAAAGCAAAAAUCACUAGCAACAAAUAUGAUAGUCGGAUUGAUAUCGGUGGUAUAUUGAGAACCAUGAGCAUUGAUUGGUCAAGCUGUACAUAGCAGUGAUGUCGCUAUAGAUGAAUGAAAUGUCGGAGAAACUUUCAGAAGACACUAUCAAAAUAGCAAGGCAAAUGAAAUUACAAACGAAACAUGUUUGAAGAACACGGAGACCAUAGGUAAGUUUGUUAAGGCGUCCGGGACACUCACACUGGAGACGAUUUUAGGGCAAUACUCUAAGCAACGUGUGUGUGUGUGUGUAUAUAUAUAUAUACUACAUACCUACGUACGUGCAUGAACGGUAGUUAAUUAGCGUUCUUAUUUCCGAUAAUAAAUAUUGCAUUCUUGAGGCUGCCGAAAAGUUCUUUUCUUGCAGCAACUGUUGAUCUGAGAAAUAAGCUGUCUUUUCUUGAAUUGGCAUCACUUGUGUUA